CUGGUCCAUUCCAACCCCUGUCGGAGUGGAAACACGGGGGCUGACGCUCCUCUUCUCUCCCUUCCCGUCUACCUCGUUGGGCUUGCUUUUAUUUCACCCUGCUUUUCUCUUUCUCCCUUUUUCUCAGGAGACAACUUUUUUUUUCCUCUUCUGGCCCUGCUUUUCUGCUGCGUUUCAACGUUUUAGGAAGACCUGUCAAUUGGCUAAAGCUCAAUUAUUUAUUAAUUAAUUUAUUAUUUUUCUCUUUUUAUAAACAAAGAAAGACGGUUAUACUUUUUUAGAUGUACCACAAAUGAGAAGACGCAAAAGAUGGAACUGCAUAUUUUAGAGCAUAGCUUGAAAGUAGCUAGUAUAGCAAAAGAGGGCAUCCAGGUUUGCACACACGGAUUAAUUAAACUAGCUUUUCUGCCUUCUAAGACAAGAUGUAAAUUCUUCAGCUUGACUGAAACUCCUGAGGAUUACACCAUCAUUGUGGACGAAGACGGCUUUAAAGAACUGCCUGAGUCGGAAUAUCUCAGCGUGGCGGACGCGACGUGGUUGGCUCUUAAUGUAGUGUCGGGGGGAGGGAGCGCCACCAGCUCUCAACCAAUCGGAGUGACCAAAAUCGCCAAAUCUGUCAUCGCACCUUUGGCUGAUCACAACAUCUCUGUAUUCAUGCUGUCCACAUACCAAACUGACUUUAUAUUGGUGCGAGAGAGGGAUCUGCCCAUGGUCAUGCACACACUCUCCUCAGAGUUCACCCUCCUCCGGGUGGUCAACGGAGAGACAGUCGCUGCUAACUGCUCCGGGGUCACCAAUGGUUUCGUUAAGCCUAAACUCGUCCCACGUCCCAUCAUCCACCCUCUCUCCAGUCCUAGUAACAUGUUCUGCGUGACAAGCCUGGACCCUGACACGCUGCCCUCGGUGGCCACCCUGCUCAUGGACGUGAUGUUCUACUCGGGCGGAGGGAAGCAACCAGAGGCAUCAAGCGAGGAUUCCGGGCACAUCCGUUUCUUCUCCUUUUCCCUGAUCGAGGGCUACAUCUCACUGGUCAUGGACGAGCAGACAACCCGACGGUUCCCUAACAACGUACUGUUUACCAGUGCUUCAGGAGAGCUGUGGAAAAUGGUUCGCAUUGGAGGACAGCCUUUAGGAUUUGAUGAAUGUGGGAUUGUGGCUCAGAUAUCUGAACCAUUGGCUACCGCUGACAUUCCGGCAUAUUACAUCAGCACCUUCAAGUUUGACCACGCCCUGGUCCCCGAGGAGAAUAUCCAGAGUGUGAUUGGAGCCUUGAGGACCAAUGAAAGCACAGGACCGUGAGAGGCUCCUCUUCCUGAUUGGACAUGAGUCUCAUAUCCCUGCUAGUAUUGAUUUCUCAAUGUCAAAACUUUUAAAGUGCCACGCGCUUAUCGAGGACCGCUGUGGGAGUGGUUAUGGGGGUUGGGGGGCGGGGUCUGAUAAUAGUGUGAAAAUUUGGGUAAUGUUUGCACGUGUGCGUGUGUGUAUCCAUUGAGAGGGGGGGGAAUAUGCUAGAGGUGUUGCUUUAGUUCUGCAGCCAGCAGUUCUCCCCCCUUCCACGUGGAAUGACUGUGCCAAUAGCUGCCCCCUCUGCUCGCAUUCCUAGCCCACCGAUACCUGUCCCUACACCCUGCCUCAGAGGAAUCCUCAGCUAGUGUGACUGCGGUGUUGAUUCCCCCCUCCCCUCCCCUCCCCUCCUUUCUCUCACUCUCCCUAUGCCUUAUCUGCUCCCUCCCACCUACACCAUUUCACCAUGGCAACAAGGCCUGCUAUAUUGUGGGACUCUUUUACUUGCCCAUAACCACCCUCCCCAAACACCAAUUCCUGAUUCAUGGCAACCUAGCAGGCUGUGUCCAUAAGUUGCCCCCCAGAAUUUACUCCACCCACUUGUUUGUCCAGACCUCUGGCCCCCCCCCAAUCCCUCUCCCCUCUCCUCUUACAGUGCCAAGUCACCUUAGGCCUACACAGACUCCUUGUCUGAAACUCGAUUGUUUGAGUGCAAUUUGAAAUGUGAUUAUUUUUGAGUAGUUUGGGAGCUGGGGAAGGACUGCCCAGCUUGGCAAUAUGGUUUCUUUAGAAGUUCAGUUUCUGACGAAUAGUUUUGGUUUGUUUGAGGGUGGGGCUAAAAUCUCCCUUAUAGCCCUUCGUUAUCCUACGAAAAAGCCUCACUUCAUGUUUUCAGUGCUACCUGGCAGACUAAUAAGUUGUUGUUUUUCUUGUAUCCAAAGUACAAUCAAUGUGCUGCAUUAGCAUUGAAUUUCAGAUUUGUGAGCCUGUUAUCCAACAUGUGACCACUGCCCCCCUGUGUUGGGGUUUGUGAGUCCAAGUCCCACAGACAAACACUAUCUUGGUUCACACCCACUGUUCACACCUUUGAGUUCUAAAUACAGAAAUAGAUCAUAAUUGUGCAAUUUACUGUAAACUGUUUUUAACUUUUUUUUUUUACCUUUUUCGUUUUGCUUCCCCAUUUCUUGUGUAAAGCCGUCUUGUGACGGGAGGGAAAUGUUGACACGUCAUUCUUUUUUGCUUCUUUACCACUCAUUUCGCUAAAAUUAGUUCCUUCAGCAAGGACAAUGAAUGUUAGUUGGGGUCUGGUGUCAGACACUGGCAUUAGCGUACGCCCUCUGCCCUGCCCACCCAGUGUGCACUUUAUUUAAGAUCUUUCUUAUAGAUCUUGCUGUUCUGAUGUGAAAAACAAAAUAUGGGGGAAGAAGCUUUGCCCUUUGGAAGGAAUCUCUUUUUAGAAGGGGUCACUUGUCUUACAGCAUGAAUAUUGUUUUGUUUUGUUUUCCACAGGCUUUUUCUUUUGUUAAUUCUGAUUAGGAGAAACCAUGUAUUUAUCAGUGUUAAAAGGGUGACCUAUUUCUUCUCUUACCAUUAAAGACAUGAAAACAAUGUUUGUUUGUUUUCCACCAGCA